UGAAUGUCUUUUUAUUCCAAGCAGGACUCUAAUAUGGAUUUGGGGCUCACGGAAUAUUAUAACAAGACUCUUGCCAUAGAGAAUAAUACUGCUACCACUCGGAAUUCUGAUUUCCCAGUCUGGGAUGACUACAGAAGCAGUGUAGAUGACUUACAGUACUUUCUGAUUGGGCUCUAUACAUUUGUCAGUCUUCUUGGUUUUAUGGGCAAUCUACUUAUUUUAAUGGCUCUCAUCAAAAAGCAUAAUCAGAAGACCACAGUCAACUUUCUCAUAGGAAACCUGGCCUUCUCUGACAUCCUGGUUGUGCUCUUCUGCUCCCCCUUCACACUGACCUCUGUCUUGCUGGAUCAGUGGAUGUUUGGCAAGGUGAUGUGCCAUGUUAUGCCUUUCCUUCAAUGUGUGUCUGUUCUGGUUUCGACUUUAAUUUUAAUAUCCAUUGCCAUUGUCAGGUACCAUAUGAUAAAGCAUCCUAUUUCCAACAAUUUAACUGCCAACCAUGGCUAUUUCCUUAUAGCCACUGUCUGGACAUUAGGUUUUGCCAUUUGUUCUCCUCUUCCAGUGUUUCACAGCCUUGUGGAACUUCAGGAAACAUUCGGUUCAGCAUUGCUGAGCAGCAGGUAUUUGUGUGUGGAGGCAUGGCCGUCUGAUUCAUACAGAAUUGCAUUUACUAUUUCAUUAUUGCUAGUUCAGUAUAUUCUGCCCUUAGUUUGUCUGACUGUAAGUCAUACCAGUGUCUGCAGGAGCAUAAGCUGUGGGUUGUCCGACAAAGAAAACCGACUGGAAGAAAAUGAGAUGAUCAACUUAACUGUUCAUCCAUCCAAAAAGAGUGGGAAUCAGGUGAAACUCUCCAGCAGCCAUAAGUGGAGUUAUUCUUUCAUCAGAAAACACAGGAGAAGAUACAGCAAGAAGACGGCUUGUGUGUUACCUGCUCCAGCAAGGCCUUCCCAGGAGAACCAUUCAAGGACUCUUCCAGAAAAUUUUGGCUCUGUGAGAAGCCAGCUCUCUUCUUCUAGUAAGUUCAUACCAGGGAUCCCCACUUGCUUUGAGAUAAAACCAGAGGAAAAUUCAGAUGCUCAUGAAAUGAGAGUAAAACGUUCUGUCACAAGAAUAAAAAAGAGAUCCCGAAGUGUUUUCUACAGACUGACCAUACUCAUAUUGGUGUUUGCCGUUAGUUGGAUGCCACUACACCUUUUUCACGUGGUGACUGAUUUCAAUGAUAACCUUAUUUCAAAUAGGCAUUUUAAGUUGGUAUAUUGCAUUUGUCAUUUGUUAGGCAUGAUGUCCUGUUGUCUCAAUCCAAUUCUAUAUGGUUUCCUUAAUAAUGGGAUCAAAGCUGACUUGAUGUCCCUGAUACGCUGUUUUCAUUUGUCAUAAUUCUCACCGUUUACCAAAGAAAGAACCAAUGCUGAGAUCAUCUAUAACAUAUUCAUAUAAUGAUGUAUGUAUGAUAAAUGAAUUUUGCUAACAUAUGGGACCUAAUUUAUGUGGUAGAGCUCUGUACUUGGAUGUCUUCAGAAUAUCUGGAAGGUAAUUUUAAAGCAUUAGAACAUGAUUAAUUCAUUUAGUUGUACAGAGUUGGUGUCAAUCCAACUUGUAAUUUCAUUUUAAAAAGUAGUUAUAUUAUCUUCCAAAUUUCAUGUUAUCUGUAAAUAAAUGAAAGUCACUUUUUGUUUAAAAUAAAAGUUAUGUUUAACCAA